AUGCUCGAGAUGGCUACUGCGAGUGACAGUGACCCUUUUGGAGACCUCCCCGACGAGCUCCUAUCGCGCGUGCUCUCCUUCCUUCCGGCAGAGAAUGCCGUGCAGACCUGUGUGCUCGACACCCGGUGGCGCGACCUCUGGAGGCGCUUGACCAGCUUGCUGUUCGUCUUUGAUGGGCCAACGUUUCCGCGAUACAACCGUUUCAAACAGUUGGUGAAGCUGGUCAUCUGUCUCCGCGGGAACUCGCCUCUCAUCAGGUGCGAGAUCGAUGCCUAUCCUGACGAUGAGCCGGAGAACACGUUCACAAACACCAGGUUGUUGAUUGACUACGCUCUGGCAUGCGAAGCUGAGGAACUCGUAGUAAGAGCAGCUGACAUUCAGUACGACCUACCGGUGUUCGAUGUGCCCCUUAGUCUCAUCUCCCAACACUUGAAGACCCUGCACCUUGAAGGGGUCAACCUCGAUCACUCUGCUUUGAACUUCUCAGGCUGCCCGGUGUUAGAGGACCUAAGGAUUCAACUUUGCAACAUUCGUGCAUAUGAGAUAUCAUCCAUGUCACUAAAGCGCCUGUGCAUCACCGAGUACUGUUUGUUACCGGACAAUGUCCGUCUUCUGAUUUGUGCCCCGAGUCUUAUCUCGUUGCAUCUAGAGGAUUUCGAAGGCUUGACACCUUUCCUUGAAAACAUGCCAUUGCUAGAAACAGCCCAUGUUAGCCUUAAAGAUGGAUGCCAUGAUCACUGUCGCAGUAAUCGGGGGGUUUGUGAUAAUAUUUUCUGUGGUUGUCAUACUUAUCCUGUCAAGGAGGGGGUGCUUCUCAAUAGUUUGUCCAAUGCUGCUAAGUUGGACUUGAUAGCUUUACCUAAAAUGUUUCUGUACAGAUGGGAUUUGAAAUGGUGCCCCGUCUUUGGCGAAUUAAAGACUCUGUUACUCAAUGAGUGGUUUACGGCUGUUGACCUUGUUUGCAUUCUCCGACACUCUCCAGUUCUUGAGAUACUCACUCUUCAGCUUGAUAACACCGAGAACAUUGUAGGAGCAACAGGAGCCCAAGAAACAAUAACACAAUCAUUUGUGUGUGAACACCUAAAGUUCGUUUACAUUGAAUGUGAAAAGGUUGAUGAGGGAGUUGGUUUAAUCUUGAAUAUCUUAAGUUCAUGCGGCAUACUUCAUGAGCAAAUUAGCAUCAAGGAGGAUCCACAUUCAGACUCAGAUUUGACUGGUAGCCAAAUUGCAUGCGUUCCACACUUGUUUCAAGCCUCAAGCAGUCUCAAUGCCUCUCGAAAUGGUCAUAUUUGUGUUGGUGUUGCCCUUAUUCAUCCACUGAUAGCGACUCCACUGAUAGUGACUAAGAUGAGUGGUCGGUCAUGA